AUGACUUAAAAUUUAGAAAAUGUAUACAAUGAUAUUUCAAGUUUUCUUACAAGAGAAAUUAGAGAAAAAGGAUUAUGGGGUGAUUUUGUUGCAAAGGCAGAUGAUUAAAAAUUUAUUACAUAUCCUAAUUUUGAAGAAGUUGUUAAAAAUAUAAUUAUUGAUAUAAGCAUAGAUGAAUUAGUAGCAUUAAAAGAAAAAUUAUUUAUUUAAGGAACUACAAGUUUAGCUGCAUUAGCAAAAGCAUUAAGAAUUAAUAUACUUGAAUAAAAUAAAAAAAAAACAUAGAUUAUAUUAAAUUCAAGUUAAGAUCAUAUAGAUGGUUCUUAAGGUUCAUCUGAAUUAUAAAAUCAAAUUAAUCCUCAUUAAAAUAUUUUUCAAUCAUAAUAAUAAUAACAAGGAAGUUCAUAACAUAUUAAUAUGUCAAGUUCUUCUAGUUAAAGAUCAAUCAAUGUUCAUAAUGUUCAUAAAUCUAUAAAUAAUGAUAAACGAUAAUUUUAACGAUAAGAUUUAUAAUAACUUUCACAACAAGAGAAUUAUAUAGAAGAAUAUAAAAGAUAGAUAGCUGAAAAUAAAUAAGAAGAUAAUGUUUCUGAACAUUAAAAUAAUGAUGAACAAUAACCUGUAUAAUCUUAAUUAUAAAAACCAGUCAGAUUAUAAAAAGAAGUUAAUGAAAAUAAUGAACCUACUUUAGAUUAAUAGAUUGAAGAUUUAUUUAACUCAAUUGAUAAUAAUAAUAAUGGAUGGUUAGAUCCAAAAGAAUUAAAUAUGGCUUUAUUAUAACUUGGUAUAAAUCCAACACCUUAAGAAUUAGAUUANAAAGCAAUCAGACCGGUAUUGCGUAGCAGUUUCAGAACCGGAUUCUGA